AAGGACACACACACACUCGGUCCAGUCUCACUGCUGGAUCACAAUGCGCGCUCUGCUUUCAGCUUUUCUUCUGCCACUGCUUCUGCAUUCAUGCAGCGCUGCAGACUGGUGCUACCAGGCGCAGGUCAGCUGCGAGUCCCACUGUAAAGGACCCGACCGAUGGAGGGAAGUCAACGCAGAAUGUGGGAAAAGCAGACAGUCACCGAUCAACAUAGUGACGAAGAAAACCAAGCUGGACGAGAGACUGACGCCGUUCAAGUUCACGGGUUACCAGGAAGUGUUCGAGAGCACCAUGAAGAACAACGGCCACUCGGUUCAGGUCAGUAUUCCCAUCAAAGCCACCGUGUCUGGAGGAAACCUGGGAGAGACGUACAAGGCUGUGCAGUUUCACCUUCACUGGGGUGUCGGUGGAGGGCCUGGGUCUGAACACACCGUCGAUGGAGAGCAGUAUCCUAUGGAGCUGCACAUUGUGCACAUGAAAGACAGAUACAACAGACUUGAAGACGCACUCAAAGAUCCUUCUGGAGUCGCUGUGUUGGGAUUCUUCUACGAGGAGUCGAGCAGCUCAAACAAAAAGUACGACCUCUUCACAACUGCCCUGCGCAGCGUGCAGAACACAAAUGGAAACACGACCCUUCGCAAGAUCUCUCUGAAUCAGCUCAUUCUGUCUGAAGGGAACAUGACGAACUAUUACCGGUACGACGGGUCGCUGACCACACCGGGCUGCACCGAGGCUGUGGUGUGGACCGUGUUCGAGAACGCCAUUCCCCUCCACGGAGAACAGCUUCGGGCGUUUUCCACCCUGAAGUUUCAUGAUGGGAAGCCAAUGGUGGAAACCUUCAGACCCGUUCAGCCUCGUAACAGCCGUGUGGUGUAUCGGUCCAGUGGACCAGCGUUAGCGGUCAGCAUCGUUCUUCUCUUGGCCUCCGUCAGCACAGCGUUCGGCCUGUCCCGUCUCAACUAGAGCUAACCGACCCGUACCUGCACAACUAACACAAUGAGUUCUCAUCGAAUCAACGGACCAACAGGAUCAAGACAAACCACAGAGUCACGGCGUCUCAAACGCUGCCGACUCAAUAAAACCACAAACACGCCAUUUCUACAGGAGUAGUUAGUGUAGAAACGACGGACUGCAUGAGUAGAGUGACCAUUAGACGUUUGAUCAUAGCUAUCAAUAGAGCUGGACUAAAGCCUCGGAUCCUCUGUGAAGGUCUGACGGGUAAUAAAUGCAUGACCUUUAUCUAUUAUAGACAUCUGCCAAGACACAUGCAUAUGCACACGAACACACACACGGCUAUAUUUAUGAUGCUGGAAGGCAUUACAAAUACACACAAUGAUGAUCAGCACUUUUCAUGUGAAUGAUGCAGAGGUCAAGGGUGAAAGGUCACAGAGCCUCGAGAAUAGAGCAGACAAAGCAAAUACACAACUUUACAUUUACUUGGAUUGAAUUUAUACAUUUUUAGGGUGUUUUUACACUUGAGUUAAGAAGAAU